AUGUUCCAGUACUUCAAGGUCAGCUAUCAGUCUUGGCUGAUGUGGCGUAGUUACUACGAGCUUGAACCAGACCAGAAUCACUGGGGGUUGUGGUUGAAAGAGACUUCAUUGUUUCGAGAGGCAUGGGAGACCGUCAUCAUCGGAUAUGCGAGGUACUGGUGGUCACACCAGAUCUUCUUUUUCGCAUUGAGUCUGGGGUUGUAUCUGGAGCAGAAAGGAAUACGUCGCGGCAUUCGAUAUACUUGGGCAUUCAUGCUGCUUGGCCAGAUUGUUGCCAUCAGCUUUGCUACAAACCUCUUCCUGCUCACCUUGCUAUUAAGCCCGCCAGCACCUGUUCCAUCGUCAUUUGGUUCGCGCCGGCAAACGUGGCUAGGUCCAUGGCUCCUAAACCUCUUCGCAAUUUUCGCAACUGCUUAUCCCGCGAUGCAACUAGCAGACGAACACUACUGGCAUCACCCUACACACUUUAUGCCGGUGCUCAUGGCUCCACACAUCGCUUUGAUGCUCUUGCCCAUUGCACGCGCUGUUGUACCGGCCUCAUCCUUCAUCGAGGAUAUCCAAUUCACCGAUAAGGUCUACAACUACAUGUGGGCACUGGUCCUUGGGAAUGCCGGACUGAUGCUGGCAUGGACUACCGCAACAGCGUAUGCCUAUGGUGGUUUUGUGGGAAUCCAAAGUGCUCUGCUAGAACACCCAGCAGUGAGCAGCGUGGGAUUCGAUGUCAUCUUCUGCUGGAUCACAUGGGCCUGUUGGUACUGGACGCAACCAAACCCUGCUUAUGAGGAUGUAUCGCGGGACUCGGCCGAAAGGAGGAGCGCACAUGCUGACGACGAGCCGGCCACUGCGCUCGGUGCCAGUGGAUAUGAUGGCGGAGCAAGACAUCGCUAG